AUCUCGUAAUUACGCCAAAACGACACCGCGCGACAUCCAAUUUGAUCGGUCCUCAUGCCCUGCUGCUGUUGCUUCUGCUGAUGCUUGUCUUCCGGGAACCAGAUAAAAGCCACCAGCGAUAAGCAGUGUUUAGAUUCGAAGGUAAUAAUUCUCUCUGUUUGUAUAGGGUAUGAUGGUACGAAAGAAAUAAAAGUUAGUGAUCUCUGUACUGUGUUCCCACUGUAAUCUAUUAAAAUGACCUUUGUGGCAGUUCAUCACAUCAGUAGUAAUCUUUCCCUUCUGGAACAGAACACAUUCCGAGUGUUUUCUCUAGUUUGUGUUUGCAUUCCUUUAUUGUUGUUGUGAACUAUUCACGGUGCCGCGAAUUGGACGCAAAUAUUUAGUGCCGGGGCCAUGAAGGCUUCCAGUGUAUACCUCCUGCUAAUCGCGGGUUCCCUCGCCAUAGAUUUCCAAUAUGUAGCAGCCAAUCCAAAUAACUUCCGAUGCUCGCGCUAUUGCAAAGAAGAUACCCAGAAUUUUGGUUAUGAAACCGGCAAAUCUUACGUCUACCAAUACCGAGGCGACGUUAGGAGCCUGGUGAAUUCCACGAACGUGCAGAAUGGCAAUAUCGACGACAGUGGUAUUGCUAUCAACUGCUCCAUUACAAUCAAAGCUAUAUCCUCCUGCGAUUACUCAAUGCAGAUAAGCUCAGCUACUCUCAAAGAUUUCGAUGAUUUGCGAAGCUUUGAGAAACUUCAGGAGCACCAGCUAUAUUUCUCUUUCCACAACGGUAAAAUCGACACCGUCUGCUCGGAUUCCAACGAAGAGAAAGAAGUGUUGAACGUCAAACGCGCCAUCCUUUCGCUCUUCCAAAACAGCUUGCAAGUACUCAAAGGAUCCGCAACCAUUUACGAGAGCGACGUUGCUGGGACUUGUGUAACAAAAUACGAAGCCGAAGACAUCCAUGAUGGAUUUAUCGUGCAGAAAGCUAAAAAUCUUGAGGCUUGCACACAUCGCGCUUCGCAGUAUCUUUCCUGGCAAUCCAUCCCUUAUGCCACCAGCAAAAAAGCCAAAUCUCUGCCUCUCUUACGGAGCAACUCGAAUUGUCAACAAGUUUACACGGCGAACAAAGUCUUGAGAUCUGUGGGAUGCGAGGAGCGUCACGUUUUCCAACCAUUCUCCAAUGGAGAUAAUGGAGCUGUUACUGUCGUUUCCCAAGAAAUGAUACUCGUUAAAACUAUAGAUAACGCAAUGGGAGUCACGUAUUAUUUGGGUGAUGUUCGUAGAUCUACCUUAAUCUAUGAAUCCGCUGAUAGAAUUGACGAACAGGUAAAUAUGCACAAAUUGAAGGAGUUGUUUAAGGAGCUGCAGAUGAAGACUCAGGAUGGAGUUGAAGGGGAAGUCCCUAAGCUCUUCUCCACGCUUGUUUAUAAUAUGAAGAAUUUAGACAAGAAUCAGUUAAUUGUGAUUUUUAAUGAUAUAGCUCCAAAUCAAAGGAAAUUUUUUAUUGAUGCCAUGUCUUUAACAACAACUAUGGAUGGUAUUGAAGUGAUGAAGCAACUGUACGCCGAUGAGGAGAUCAGUAUGAAGCAGAUGGACUCCUGGAUCACUUCAUUGAGCUUCAUCAAAGCCCCAUCCUUGGAGAUAAUUCAAGCAGCCAAACCACUUUUGGAGAUUAAAGAGAUGCGCAAAAAUUCGGUUUUGGCUGUCUCUACUCUCAUUCAUAGCUAUUGCAAAAACGAUGCCGGCUGCUUGGAACAAAAGCCUAUAUGGGCAGCCAUGAAGGAGAUUGAGAAGCCUUUAAGGACGAACUGUGUACCAACUGGAUUGGAUAGCAGCCAUGAUAUCCUGCUUGCCCUCAAAGGCAUUGGUAAUGCCGGAACUACAACUUCUCUACAUCUACUGAAGACCUGCUAUUCCAACGAAGAUAUAAGCAUCGAACUGAGACUGGCUACCAUCGCAGCUCAUAGAAGGAUUAGCUGCAGUAAGAACUUCAAUUUAGACGACUUCAACAAGUACUUUGCGAAGCCUCGUGAAAACAUCGAGAUCAGGAUUGCCUCCUAUUUGGCCAUGAUGCAGUGUGCCUCCUACGCCUCCUUCGCUCAAGUAAAGGAUGUUCUUAUGAAAGAGGAGACGAAUCAAGUGGGUUCAUUUGUUUGGACGCACUUGACCAAUCUACAAGAGACUUCGGCACAGUGGAAACAAGGAAUCCGACAACUCCUCGAGAAUGAGUUUUUGAAGAACAAGUUCAAUACGGACAUCCGAAAGUAUUCGAGGAACUAUGAAGCUUCUGCGUUUUUGGAUUCUGCAGGAAUGGGAGCUGCAAUCGAGAGCAAUGUGGUUUUUACUCCAGAAUAUUAUAUACCUAGAUCAGCAAUGUUAAAUUUCACGAUGGAUUUAUUCGGGGAAACUGUGAACGUUUUCGAAGUGGGUGCUAGGAUGGAAGGUUUCGAGGAAAUCAUUGAAAACUUCUUUGGACCUGAAGGAUAUUUUGCUGAUAAAUCUAUACAUGGGUUCUUAGAGACAGCGAGAUCACAAUCGGAGGCGAACGAAAAAGUCAAGGAGUUGGGAGAAGAGUUUUCUAAACAAAGAAUUUUGAAGCGCGAUCCUGCUGGGUUGAUUUACGCGAAAAUAUUUGGGAAUGAAAUUGGAUUUUCACACUUCAGGAAUCUUCAGGAGUUAAUUGGAGAACCAAUUAGUCCACGAGAUGCUAUAAAUAUCUUAAUGGAAUUAAUCAGAAAGAAUGAUAUUGAAUAUACAAAGUCUUUGAUGUUCUUGGACACGACGUACAAAGUGCCUACUGGAAUCGGAUUUCCGUUGGAAUUAACGGCAAAUGGUACAGCAACUAUUGGGUUAACUGUGAAAGGGAAUUUAGAUCUUAACGAACUGAGAUCUUACAAGAUGUCCAUGGAAGGAAAAAUUUAUCCUAGUUUAUCGCUGCAUGUCGUGGGAUCUAUGGUGGUGGAAGGUUUCAAAAGUAAAUGUGGAUUGAAAUAUGUAGGAGACAUGAACUCGAACACCUAUGUAGACGGUCACGUUUUAAUCAAUUCCGGUAAAAUCGUGGAUCUGAAACUAAAUAUUCCCAAAAAGAAAAUGGAUGUGAUUAAUGUAUCUUCAGAUAUAUACGUUAUAAGGAAUGAAAUAGAUUACAGAACUAAAGCCGUCACCGCAGAUGCUGAGGUUGUGGAAAUGUGUACCAACAAUAAAUUCAACAAAAUCACUGGAUUAAAGAUCUGUUCGAAUUUAAUGUACGUGAAUGCCUCUCAAUUGGACAACACUCCGAAUUUCCCUUUGACUGGGCCCUUUAAAUACGCAAUUAACAUCCAAAAAGAUGAUAUUUUUGACAGCUAUCAAUUGCAGUUGAAAAUGCAGAGCGAUGAGCAAUAUCAGAAAUCACAAUACUCGAUGUCGCUACAUUUUGAUACACCCAAUUCAAUAAUAAACCGAAAAAUGUUGGCGUCUUACCACUUAGAUUUUGACAAGCUUUAUUUAAGUGGCAAAUUAGUGUCACCAUUCAUCAACUUGGACAUCAACAGCAAUCUGGGCCAUGAUUUUAACAAGUAUAAUUUCCAAUUCGAGACGUUACUAAACAACAAAGAGAUUAUUUCGUUGCAAUCCUCCUUCAAGAUUAAUCGAACUGGAAAAACAUUCAAUUACGAGCCGACUGCGAAAUUAAACUAUCGUCGGAAGCAAGUCGCAGCUGUUUCCGGUAGUCUAAGCUACAUACAAGGCAGCCAGUACACUGCGGAUUUAACAUUGGAAGGCGUUACCAAAGACCCUAUCACCUUCGUCGGAGACGUACUUUACGAUGUACAGAAUAUAGUAGUCCGUACGAAAAUGGAUUCGAAGAAGUUAACAGGAGAUUUACACGCCGCUUUGCAAAGGAACAGCGAAGGACUAUCAUUCACUGCAUCUUCUGUUUAUAGCCGUGACAAUCGAAUUAAUGAUACACUAGCGGUGACACUGAAAUUUAGCAAGGUUAGAAGGGGUAAUUUAAAUAAAGACUUAUUGAACGUUAUGUUGGAAAGUACUGAAAAACCGAUUUACAACAUGUCCAUCUUAUUGAGUAAUCAACGAAGCAAAUGGUUUUUUGAUAAUAGCGGAUCGGUGAAAUUCUUUGGUACAACGUGGGAGACGAAACAAUUGUUUAAAUUUCAAGAUAUCAAAGAAGCUCCGGAUAUAGCUUUGAUAAGUUAUUUGAAGUGCAAGGAGAAGGAAAUUGAUUAUCAUCUAGCUGUGGCUUACAACCAUUCAAAGACUUAUCUAAACACUCAUUUGUUGCUCCAACUGAAUAAAGCGCAGAGAGUUGAAGGCCUUUUCAGGUACAACAAACAAAAUCCGAAAGAAAACUUUGAUUUGUUUAUUUAUUAUCCAAGGCAGAGUUGGCUUUUGAAAGGCUCUUUGGAUAAGCAAUUGACUGGUAACUACGAUUUUAUUUUCAACGGAUAUUUCAAUUCAAACGAAGUCGAAAGGAAUUUUAUAUUUAUUAAAGGCUUUUACACUAAUACUUCAAUGAGUGAUAUGCAAAACUACAAGAUCAAUUGCUCCAUAGAUUUUCCUAUAACUGAAGGUCAAUGGGGAACGCCUUGGCUUGUAACAUUUACCUUGCAAAAAUCUAAAGACGUUUUCUUGAGUUUAACUCAGCUGCAAACCAAAACUACAAUUUACAUAAGUCACUUGAAUUGGAUGAAAAAUUCUCUUUCGUUUGUGGUUCAAGCAAACGAUAAAAGACUAUUUGUUAUCAACGGAGUUCAAAGUCAAAACGUUCUAAGUCUGAUGUUAGGUUUAAACAUUUACCAACAUUUCGAAUUAAGCACUAAUCUGGUGAUGCCUUUUGAGAAAUUCGAUCUAAAAUUCUACUGGGAUAAAGAUCACGAUGAAGACAAGAAGUUUCUACUCAGCAUGGAAAAGAACUCUUACAAAGGACUUUACAAUGUCGAUGUAGAAUAUCCAGACCAAAAGAUUGCAGCAGCUUUCGUUUUACUUCCAACUCAGGUUACUCUAAAUGUGACUUGGGGAAUAGUGGUGUCUCAAAGGAUUUACUUGAAGAUGGGUAACAAAAUCUACGACGUUGGUGGAAUUUGGUUUGGAGAACUGGAAACGCCUUUCGAGUACUUGGAAAAGCAGGAGUUCCAGCUGAAGUAUUACGUCGUCACCGACAGCUUUGAAGUACAGUCCAACGUAUCUUGGAGAGUUCAUAAUUUGAAUUUAGUCGUGGCUGGGUCAAAAUCCAGUGAUCAUUUUGAUGGAUAUUUAAAUUUGAAUACAACGUUACCUGAGAUAUACGAGAUCGGAGUUUCAAUAAAUCAUGAACAUCAGGUUUCUUUGAGUAACUACAAAACCGAUGGAAGUUUUGUUUACAACGAACAUAAGAUCAAGGCCCAAUCUAAUUGGAAAAUGAGAGGAUUGAAUAUAGAUUCUAAUUUUAAUGUGAUUUCGCCUUCGAAUACUAUUGAGCCGAUAACUGGAAAACUCGAGGUUAAAAAUGAUGAUAUUAAUAGCAUGGACUUUGUUUUAUCCUGGAAGAACAAGUCUAUAAAAGCGUUGUAUACAUUUUUGAGCGAAACAUCAUCUAUUAUUAUAGAGACACCUUUCGAGGGAAUUGAGAAAACUACUUUGGAGUAUUCAGUUAAAGCUUAUGUGGAUAGCGUUUACUUGUCUGUGACUGUUGAUUUACUGAAACAAUAUAACAGAGUCGUAUUGGAUUGGAGUAAUUUAGAUGGGUUGGUUGUGUUCUGGAUGGAUUUGACUUCACCUGUGACAGGGUACUACUAUUUGAACUUCACUCACAGCACAGUGUCAGGAUUAUUGAAAGAAAGUUUCACAGUGAAAGGACCUGAAAAUCGAGAUAUAGUCCUAUUCAAUUUGCAAGGACAUAUCAGUAUGAACAUCUUCGAUACAAGCGUUCAAGCAUCUUUGAAACUUUUAGAGCACAACACUUCUCUAAACAUCUUAAACGAACCAGAUCCUCUAUCUUCAAAGGUUUCAAUUCUAUGUAAUAAUUUUACUAUAGAAAGUACACUGGUUUUGGUAGCCCAUGGUAACGAUGAUAUAAAAUCCUUCAGUUGGUUAAUCACUUCGAAUGUUGUUGAUAAGAUGGAACUAAGAUACAACCACACCGAUAACAAAUAUAUAACAAUUAUAGUUCUACCAGAGAAUCAUUCGUUUAUCAACAUUCUUACAAGCGAUCAAGGAUAUCUGAGCAAUGAAUUGACUAUUCGAAUACCGAAGAAGUACGUUAAUAUAAUAUACAGUCAUAGAAUAGAAGAACAGAUAUUCAAACAGUUAUUCACGAGCGAAAUAGGAGAACAUAAGUUGAAAUACUCACUAUUCUAUAACUCAGAUUUGAACACCUAUGAACUUAAAUUAGAUGAGACCAACUUGUUUAUAAUUUCUGAAGGAAAAAUCAUUCUGAUGACUAGCGAUAUAAGUACUAGAGUACAAAUAAAAAAUUAUCCACCUCUAAUAAUAACUGCUAAUUAUGACUUAACAGUACCAAGAAAGGUGUUUGAAACUUAUGCAAAAUUUUCUGAUUCCAAUUUGAGCAUUGUUAGCAGCGCUCUUGCAGAAAAGGAAAAAUUCAAAUUCAGUCUAAAAUCAAUGACGAAUGGAAGCUAUUUUGAUAAGAGAUUAAAUGCUGAUAUCCAGGUUGUAAGCUUGCUAGGACAACAAAAGACGCUGAAUGCUUCAAUUGAACUGCCAAAUAACCAAUACAAAUUUGAUUCUAUCAUUUUAACGGAUGGUGAAUUAAAGUCAACAUUCAAAUUAACUCGAAACAAUGCUAAGUUGAUGGAUGGUAGCCUUUGGAUGUCCGUUAAUUCUGGAGCUUUAAGAUACGAACAAAAUAUAUUCAAAUUACAUAGAUCAUUGAAUUUGAGCUACAGUGCGAUUGAAAAAGGAGAGGAAAAGAAGUUCCUAGUCAAUGCCAACUCGAACUUCAUAACCAAUUCUUCUCUUAAAUUUAUAUAUUCUGGGAUAGAAAGCAACAAAAAGCUUUAUGCUGACGUGAUUUACGGUAAUCACAACUUUUACACCGAUAAUAGUUAUGGUUUGAAUAUCAAAAGCGAUCAAGGUGUAUACGGGUGUAAAGUAGAUGCAAAACUAUAUUUCUACCAUAAAUUGUUAUCAACAAAUAGCAAAAAUUUUGAUGUUAAUAUAAUGGUCACAGGUAAUGUGGAAAAUCAAGAAGGUAAAGGAAAUGCUUACCUCAAUCUUAACAGCAAUCUUCCUGAACUGAAAAUCUUAGAAAUUGAGUCUAAUUAUUUAGUAAAAGAAGUGUCUUCUGAAGUUAACAUAAUUUUCACUAAAGCAGAGGAUAAGUACAAACUAAAUUUUACAACUACUAAUGAUAAAGGGAAUUUGGAUGUACUAGGAUCAUUUGAAGCACCACACAUGCACCUAAUCCUAACAUCCACCGGAAGGGAUAAAAUUAUUGCUAUACGUGGAACAGUGAAAUCAAAGCCAAAUAAAGAAAAUAAUUUCAACAUCAAUAUAACAUUAGUGGAUUUUCUGGAAAGCUCUUCAACGUUCCAUUUAAACGAUGAUUAUUCCGGAAAUGUGGGGAUUAAAUUCAAAGAAACUAUUUUAGUUGAUUUUCUACUAAAUUUGCCUGACAAUCAAACAACUAAAGUUUUCUUCAAUAUUGAAGAAGAUAACAGUAUAGCAUCGAUUAUUCAAUUUGAUACUUUACCAUUCAAGUUCAUGGCUAAUGCAUCCAACAAAAAGCUAAAAGUUGAUUACGAAUAUAAUUCAACGACUUAUUUUGUAAACGCAGAAAUUGGUGCCGGAAAGUUUAUAAUACAAGUGGAUAAACCUGAUCAGGAUAAAUUCCUUAAAGUGGAUGGUAGUUAUAAAUUUGCAAGUUUGCAAGAUUUUGUUAUUGACUGCAGUCUGCGUUGCAAAAACGUAAGCAUGAAAGGUAACAUUUUAAACAAAUUUAAAACCGAUAGUUACCAAACCAGAUUUGAUAUGAACAGCAAUAUAAGAGGAUGGCAUAGACUGUCUUUGGAAUCUAAACUUGAUAAAGACAAGAUCAGGAUUAGUUUGAAUGCUAGGAAUGCGCAUACAGCUUUAGCAGCUAAAAGAUAUACUGGUAAAUGGAGUGAAUUGUUUUUAUUGGAAUAUAAAGGAGAAACGUUGUUGGAAAUAUGGACGGGAGAUGGACAAAUAUCCAUAAGCACUAAUAACCAUUUGGCUGAUUUCAAGAUCGAUUACAGAUUAACAUUGCAUUACACGGAAGAUCCUGGUGUGUAUGCAGCUUCAAUUUUAAAACAUGGUGAAAAUGUUGUAUCUUUGAUGGUCCAAGAUUACAGUACUGAUACAUACUUUGAUUUGACUGGGAAAUUGAUAGCACCAGCUUUGUUCCCAGAUUGUUCAAAUAUUUCAGUCCAUCUAGAAGUUGACUAUGAUUUAUCUAAAUCGCUUCAACUGCAUGUCAUCAACAACAUGAAUCAACUACUAGAACUGAAAUGGAACAGGGUGUUUUCUUCUGAUGAAUAUUCUGGAUUCUUAAAGUUCAAUUCGAAACUGAAAAUGCUUCCUGACUUCGAAAUGUACCCAAUACUGAAUAUGAAAGAUGAUUUAGUUUUCAAUGCUAGAGUGUCUUAUACCAACUACGGUAGCAGCAAAAAGGAGUUGUUUUUCGUAGUAUUAUUACCAAUUGUAAACAAGGAAACUAAAAUAUCUCUAAUAAUACCUUGCAAAGAAGGCAAAAUGUGCAAAUUUCUUUUAAACUUCAAACCAAAAUACUUGGAAUUAUAUUGGACUUCGCCAUCCGAAGACUUGAAGAAAUUAGUCUUGAAAACCUAUUUACAACAUACAAGUACAGCUGCAAUUGGAUAUUUUGAUUUGCAAAGAGAUGAAAAACAAUUCAAUACUAGUUGGUCUUAUGGAAUCGAGGAGGAAAAUGCUAUAGUUCAAUGGAACCUGAACAAUUCUAUGUUCAUCUUGGAUAAUUUCCAAAACGUAUCAUUCUUUUCAAACUACACUUUCUACAAAAGCUUCGAUGUUGUUUCAAGCGUUAAUAGUUUUAAUGUGAAUCUGAAAAGUAAUUUGGAGAGGAAGUCCAUCAACGUGGAAAUGAGCGAGGCUUACAACAAAUUGACCAUUGAAGGUAACGUGAUUUCAGAUGAAGAGUUCAAGUUACAAGUUAUAAAUUUGAACAACACCAUAUUUCAUAUAUCGAGGGGUAAACUGGAAAAUAAAUUUAAUACGCAAUAUAUUGCUUUGAUUGUCGAUAUAUUCUUGAGUUCUCAAAUAAAACUGCAAUACAACUUGGAAGAUUCUGAUCAUCAAACAUUGACUGCUUUUGUGAGAAACAAGGAAACGUUUUGGCAAUCUCCAUUUUAUUUUAAUGGAAGUAUAGACAUUGCUUCAACUUUAAAACGAGGAAAUAUUAGUAUAGAAAUGAACGAUGCGAACCAUUUGAUAGAUUGGUUUUUGGAUAUUGAUAAGGGUGUUUUAGUUGAUACUAAAUGGAAUCACAAUGGGCAUAUAAUAAAAGUUUAUCUGAGUAAUGAUUUAAGUAAUACUACCUUAAAUUCCUGUGCUUUAUUGAUGAGCGGAGAUAAAAAAAUGGAGCUAUUCGUGAAAGGAGUCAGGAAGGAAGCUCAUGGUGUUGAAGGAAGCUUUUUGUUUAGAUCUCCUCUACCAGUCUUGCAAGAAGUUAAAGACGAAUUUUUGUUGACGCAUUCCCAGAACAAAUACUACGUAUUGAAUAAAUUAUCAUGGCCUAAUAAUGGAUUUAUGAACUUGAAGGUUUUGGCCAAAAGGGAAGAAGCUGAUAGAUUGAGUGUGGAGUAUAACAGCUCUUUCAGUAAUAAUUUGGAUAUUAUAUUGGAAUAUAAGAAAAAGAAUGGGAGUGGUUCGUGGACUUUUAAUUCUUCUCUAGGGGAUGAAUUUGUGAAUUUGAACGCUGAAGUGACACCUGGCAAAGCGUUUGAUGGGAAUUAUAGUACAAGCUAUGUUGGUUUCCAGAAAGGACGUACAAUGAUUUCAGUAAAUAAAAAGGAUAAAACACUGGUUGGUCACUUUGUUAAAAAUAACUUAGUUCUUGAAGUGCAGGGUGGAUUAGUUAAAAAGUCUGAUAUGUAUGAGGGCGAAAUUGUUGUGAAAUUACCGGAUAAUCCUGAUAUUAUAGCCCAUGGUUAUUUCAAGAUUGGUAAUAACAAGUUUAAUGCUACCUUCCAAUACAAUGAGAACACCAAAAUGAUUUUCGCAAUGCACGAUAAUAAAUAUAACGUUUUCUUGAGUUCUCCUUAUGAGUAUGCUAAGAAUAUUGAUUUGAAAGGAGAAUAUACGAAUGAUGUAAAUACAUACACGACGGAGACUAUAGGACACUGGAAUCAAUACCCGAUCAAUAUUAGCGGAUCCGUGAAGUUCGAGCGUGCCCACAACGAGAUGUAUUUGAAAACGCAGGUAGGAGAUGAAUACAACGGUGAGAUCAGUUUCAACCACAUCAAAGGACCCACCAACAAGUCAAUAGAGUUCAAAGGAUACUUCCCGAAACCGGAAAAUAGGGCGAAUCUCCAAUUUUCCACACUAAGGAAUUCGGCCUCGCUCACAUUCAAAUCGCCUUUCAAGAGAUUCAGCUCGCUGCGGCUUUUGAGCCAGGUGAAAUCAUGGCACAACUUCAAUUUGACAAUGGCCGGCAAUAUUCUUGGAAAGCAAUUCCAAGCCCACACGUAUGCAAAUGUAAAUAACGCCAGCGCGAUCGGAGGCGUGGACAUGAAGUCGCCGGAUAAGUGGGUGCAAUUUUUAAUCGACGCCAACACAGGCCGAGGCUCGUUCAAGAUUCGCGAGGAGUCCUCACUCUCCUGGAACAAUAUCAUUCUCGAUUAUUCCAUAGGAGCUAGUAACCUGACUAGCAAUUUCAUACUUCACGGUUCGCGUUAUAACACCUCGCACACUCUCUGUUUGAUCUAUCAGAGUGUACCGUUCAUCAAGUACGGCUUCAUUCUGGAUCAUUACAAAGUGGUGGAAAAAAUUGAAGUGCUGAACGAAGAGAUCGAGACGUCCGUACAGAUAACAAUACCCGAGCUCGGAUUCAACGAUGUAGGCGUUUACGUAAUAAAUAACGUACUGAACAACGUCUUGAAAGUACAAGCAGUUUACAAUAAUUACACCGGUAUAGUUAAGCUGCAUGUCCAAGAGAAAUCUCUCAAAGUGGUUACAGAAGUCAAAUCACCAACUUGGUAUAACUUUGCUAUAGAUACGCAGUUCGAUAAAAUUGAUGGAGGCAUAAAAUUAUCAUGUAACUUAACAAAUGAAGGUAGCAAAGUUAACUUAACCGGUUUCUACAUCAACCAUGAUAAGAUGAUCCACAUGAACUAUCUAAUAGACACCUUCCCUGACGACGACUUCAACUUCAAGGUUUUCAAAAAUCUAUCCAUGAUCCAAUUGACUUUACCUCGACUACUAAAAAUCGAUUUAAUAAACUCAGAAUCGUCUCUGGCGGAAAUCAUUUUCAAAAGGAUAUAUAAAGUGCGACUUAUACUAGAAGAUACUCACUACUCCGUGUUAUUGGUAACACCUGAGAAAACCCAACUACUAACUAUUUGGCAGUAUUUCAAAAGCAAUUCCACGCAAUACGAGAUGGUGUUAAUUGAAAACGAGGAAGUUAUGUAUUCGGGAAAUGCCGUUUUUGAAUUCUCGCAUUGUUCUUACUCGAUCCAAACCGUUUGUUACAAAAAAAUCGAGAAAAUGAUUGACGUUUAUGCUGAAUUACAUCUAAAUUCCUUUAUAGAUGCUUCUGUGGAAGUAGCGUUAUAUAAGAUAAAGCAUGCAGUAGCUUUGUCAUUGAAAUUGGAACCACCCUACUUAGCCAAAUUUAGUAUUAAAAGCCCUUAUAUACAAAAUAAACGAUUUGUGAUAGAAGCAACGAAGCUUGACUAUAUUACACUUUUCUUUAUUGGUGAUAAGAUAUCCAACAACUUCGUGAUGUUUGAAGGAUUACUCACGGAUAAAGAGUUUAAUGUCGACUUGAGAAUUCCACACUUCACAGCCUUUAAAUCAAUCGAAUUGGUAAUUAAAUGGGACUGCGACAAGGUCCAAUUUAAAUCACAAAAUGUAUUAAACGUCAACGGUUCAGAGAUAUUUGGAGAUAUACACGUGAUGGCAGAUUUUAUCCUCUUACCAGAAUUACUAGAUAUUGAGGCUCAUAUCAGAACUCCUGUAUUUGAAGGUUUAGAAUACUUUGAUGGAAAAGUAUACAUUCCCAAAGAGUUUAGGCCGAUUGUACAGUUUGCUUUACCAUCUGGUGCAAACUACUCUUUGAAUAUCAACCACAGUAUCCUUAUGGAUUCCAUCUUUAUAGACUGCGGAUUUAAAUAUCCCCAAAACCAAGUAAACUUCCUCUUCGAUCUAUCAUCAAAACAACUGGAAGCCAAAUUACAAACACCGUUCAAAGAAAUCCAAUAUUUCUUGCUGAAAAUGAAGAAGAACCUAUUCAAAUUGGAGAUUAACGAAAAUAAAGGAAUGCUUACAUACAAUUUUAUCAGCGAAGACAAACAUAAGAUGUUCCAAGUGGAAAUGCGAACUCCGUUCAUUGGAAAAGAAAGAUACGCUUUGGAUUUCGAAUACAAGAACUUUGGAGAAAAAGUGUAUAAAGCUUUGAUUUAUUAUCCGAAACUGCAGCGCGAUGUCGGCUUCGACCUGAGAUUCAACCUGAACAUGUACGAUUUCAAAACGUUUAAAUUUAUCAGUAAAAUAUAUUCGCCAAUCGAGGUGGCAGGCUUUAGUUUUGCUGAAUUAUAUUUAUUGAACGAAUUGAAUCUGAACACAGAGAACAAUUUGUAUUUCUUCGAGUGCAACGCGAAUACCGAUCAAUACAAUGCGAGUUUUAACCUGGGGGUGGCAGACAUCGACACGUACAAGCAAUUCCUCGUGGAAGCUCAAGUGAAUGCUAAGAGAUUCUAUACUAAACUACAGCUAUUAGGAAAUGAUUUAGAAGAUGUUAAAUUGUUGCUAGACUUUGAAAGUCCACUGAAAUUCGCUAAACAUUUGAAAUUUGUUUUAAAUACUUUUACAAAUUUGAGAGAAUUAAAGCACACCGAUAACAUGCUUUUUGUUUUGAACAACAAAACUUUAGUUGAUGGGCAUUUGGAUAUAGAGAACAAAACUUUGAACUUUUUAUUGGAGAACAGUUAUAAGCCAGUAUCUGCUAGUUACAAGUAUUUUGAUAAUUUCAACGUGGAGGCGUUAGUGUGCUGGGAUUUAAGAAGACCUGAUAAAAAUCAAUUGGGAGGACUCAUUCGUUGGGACAAGAACGCUUCUGUAAGCGCAAUAAUACCAGAUAAUAACUUCACCGUGAACUUCAUCAGAUUAGAAAAUGAUGCUGAUAAAUUAUAUAAAAUCAAAGCAAGUUGGAAUAAUGAUGAAGUUGGACUUAAUUGGUUUGGAAGAAAUGUGACUGAUGUGUUGUAUAUGGACUGGAGAUAUGAGGCUUCGCUGGAACUACCCUUUAGAGUGUUUAGGGUGGCGCAAAAUAUUUCAGUGUCGUUUGAUUCACCCGCAAUGAACUCGAGCAUGAAACUGGUUUGGGGGGACGAAACCACAUCCAAAUUGAUUUUGCGGCAUGACAUACUGCCCGGCAAAUUAAUAUCCAGGUUGACUACACACGCUUUACCCCACGACAUCAUUUUGCGGGUAGACAUGUCCGAGCUGAAUUCCAUCCCAUCGAAGUUGAAAGCCCAAUUGGAAUAUUCCCCAGAUCCGGAUAAGCUGAUACAAUUUGAGAUGUUCUACGACAAAAUUUACACGGAUAUUUUCGCGACGGAAAGGAAUUUCAUCAUCAAACAUCCUGCUUCUAAAAUCGAUUACGAGCUGUAUUUCAAUACUCUAAGGAGGAUCGACUUUUCCAAUGGCAGCGUUAUAUUGAAGUACAAGAACUACGAGAGUAAUACGUUAGAGGCAAUUCGGGCUUCUGUUAAUGUGGAUCAUCAUAAGUUUGGAGUGCUAGGAGAGGUAGAGACGAGGAAGAACAAUUUCCACUUUAGAGCUGCUUCUACUUCGGGAGAUGAGUCACGAGGAUUUUUGAUAUGGGCCAAGGUCAACGAGAAGGAUCCGGUCCGUCUGGAGUGGACAUACCAUUUCAAGCAGAUUAGUCCUUCGGCGAAUUUCGUGGCUUCUUAUGGGGAUUGCAGGAAGUAUAUAUUUUAUGCCGGAUUACCGAACGAUAGAGAAUUCACUGCGAAAUUGGGACAUGAAUUGUACGGAGAGCAUUUCUUGGAUACGCUCUUAACCAUGCGUUUGAACACUUCUCAGCUGCUCUGGAUUAAAGCCGUGUGGAAGAACGAAUUAUAUCCGCAAUUCUAUAAAGCUAUUUUUGAAGAAUACAAUGAUCUUCGUUACGUGAUCGAAGCGACGGGCGAACAGCUGAUAGAUGUGAUGCACGAUGAUUUCGGCAAAGAAUUGAUAAACGACUUUUCGGAGAUUAAGCGGAAAAUAAUCGAGUAUGCAAAUGAGGAGUGGAGCAGUUUAAAUAGAGAUUUUAUCGAUAAUAGAUUCACAUGUUCGCAGAGUGGGAAUUAUUUAUGCGCCGCGUUUUCACACCCCGCUAUUAGGAUGUUCUACACGAAGACAAUGGGACGAAUCGAAGCGUAUCUGAAGCUGGUUUACGAAACGGCACAGAACUCUCUGGUGAGCGCUAUUGGAGUUGUGAAGAACGUCUUGGAUAGGGUGGAGAAGCAAUUGGGUAAAGCCUUGAAGGACUUCGAGAAUGUGAACAGGAUCAAGGUCAACGCGAAGGAUAUUCUGAUGAGGGGUAUUAAUGAUGCCCGAAGGUCGCUCAAGGAGAUGGAGGCAAUUGCGAUCAACGUCUUGGACGCACUGGACAAAUACGUGGCUGAUUUCAAAAAAGAGGUGGAGGAGUUCUUCGAUCCGUUCCUGAAUCUUCUGGACGACUUCGUCGUUUACGUGGAACAACGAUUGGCGAUGUUCCAAAUGGCCGUAAUGCUCAUAAUGGAUACCGUCCAGCAGUACAUUUAUAAUUUACGGGAAAUAAAAGAAAUGCUAAAAGUUUACUCGUCUUACAUAAACUGGCUGGAGGAGUUGCACGUGACAGAUGUUUUGGAGCCGAUCGGAGAUGUAAUUGAGGAAAUACUGGAAACAAUAAUAACCGACAUUAAGAAAGUAAUUGACGAUUACAGGCCUUACUUGGAUGCACUGAGCGAAGCUAUAUUCGGCAAAUACGACGGUAUAAAUCAGCUACCGCCUAUUACCGAAUUCAGAGAUUACGUGAACAGAUUUUACCAGAAAACAAUCUGGAUAUGGAACUAUCACAACAUGACGGAAGGUCUGAAGCAUUUCGUGCACAGCAUCAGCAACGAUAUCAAUGAUGUGCUCUCGUUCAUAGAGCUAGACGACAAGUCCGGCGAUUUCGAUAAUCCAUUCGAACAAACGGAUUACGUGAUCCGACCUGAGAUAGGUCUGAUCGAGAUAAGCCAACCUUUGCCGGUAGAAUGGGAGGCGUUCAACAAGGCACCGGCGUUCGAGCAGCAUCCGCUUUACCAGAAAAUCCAAAGGAAAAUCGACCAAUUCGUGAGACUGCGUCGCAACAACUACUUCCUGCUUGAUGAUUUGGAAAGUUUCCUAAUCAGUUUGCGGGAAUCUCAAAUCGCGCCGCCAACUGAAAAUUACGCGAUGAUUAUAGGCGAGUCGCACUUCUCAAUGUUCCACAACCAUAUAUAUACCAUAAACACCAACUGCAGCUACGUAUUAGCAAGCGACUUCAAAAAGAACUCAUUUUCUUUAAUAGUCAAUUUUAAGAAUGUCAGCGGUGAGUACAGAAAGUCGCUCGAGAUUUUAAUAGGCGAUGCCUCCAUCGAAAUUGCGCCCAACCACAGGGUAUACCUCAACAAACAAUUGACCGAACUACCAUUAACUCAUAAUCACGUCAAAGUGUCGCUGGACCGCAAGAACAUAAUUGCGGAGAGCACCAAAGGUUUUAAGAUUGUCUGCAAUACUCAUUACAAUUUCUGUUCAAUACAAUUAUCUGGAUGGCUGUUCGGAAAAACCGGUGGACUCCUAGGAACUAUCGAUAACGAAAGCGAGCAUUUAAUAUUACCCAAUUCAACUGUAACAAGCAAUCUGACUGAAUUUUCAGCCGCUUGGAAAUUACCUAAGCAAAAGUGUGAAUUAAAACCCAAGAUUGAGAAGAAACCAGUGUUUCUUGAGAACCUGAUACGAGAUAAAAUGUGUAAGCUAUACUUCUCAGAUCCGGGAUCACCGCUCCAUGAAUGCUUCGAUGUGGUGGAUCCUAAACCUUACAUGGAUCUUUGUUUGAAGACCAAAGAUAUUGAUAUAAUACCUUCGACGUGCGGUAAUAUGGCUGCAUACAAAAACAGGUGCAGGAAGGCUAAUAUACAUUUGGAAUUAGACCACUUAUGCAUGAAAUGCGACGGAGGUAUUAAUAUGACGGAUACGAUAUUAGAUGGACAUAAUCCAGCAACAGUGGACGUUGUGUUCAUCAACCAAUUGAACUGCUUCGACGGAUUAAAUAAAAUCGGCCUAUUCAAGAGCUUUGAUAGGAAAUUAAAAGAACUUGGCUAUCAAGAUAACCGGUUUGCAUCCAUCGGUUUCGGUAAAAGCGUACAGAUUUACACGAACCAAGGCAAGGUUUGGUCAAAAGAUAAAAUCAACGAUAAUUUUGUGCGACAACAGCAGAUUUCCCAAAAAUUCAAAGCCGUAGAGGCCAUCCGAUAUGCUGCGGAUUUGGACUUCAGACCUGGAGUUGCUAAGCAUUUUGUGCUGACCCAGUGCGAUGUCGAUACCGAGCUCGAAAACCUACCUCUGAUCUACAACAUGCUGGGCGAGAGAGACGUCACGCUGCACCUCUUGAAGCCUAGGCCAUUCGCUAAUUACAGUGAUAGAGUUGUCGGGAUUAACGAUAAUAACAGUGUGGUGACUAAAAUUGGCUCCGUAACUGCAUCGACCGUAAACAAUCAGAUCAUCGACGGCAUCAGUGAUGUCUAUAGCGGCUUGGCUUUGAGUACAAACGGCACCGUCUUCGACAUCGAUAGUCUUAUGGUUGAUGACGGUCUCACCGAUUCCUGGGCUAACCUGGUUUCCAGGACCUUCAGACGAAGUCCUUGCCAGAUCUGCAAAUGCCUUCCAGACUUUGAUGGAGUCCCAAAAGUACAAUGCAGUAGAUGCUUACCACCCGCAGUUAAACUAUUUCUUAACGAAUACGACAACAGUCAGAAACAACAGGACUAAUGGACUACAUAUAUUUAACUAAUUUAUAUAAUAUAUUAUAUGUUUAAUUUGUUUUAGAUUAUUAUUAUAUUAUUUGUAUUUAAGUAGAUUAAAUACACAUGUACUUUUGUAGUUGAUCGUAGUAGACAUAUUAUAUUUAAAGGAAUGAAAAAAAAAACAACAUAUGUAUCUCAUAUAAUAGCAUAUAUUUUGUAUGUAUUUUAUGCGACAAUAAAAAUUAAAGUGGCUUAUAGUCAUCGGUCGUUCGGAUCUUUUCCAAUAAAAGUCAA